AACACGAAAUCGAAGUGGCCAAUCAAUGUGGUUGAAAUUACACUAAGGUAAAGAGACCCCUGCAUCUCCUAUUGAAGAAAUAUCCCAUAUAAAUUUAUCGACUUUCGCAAUUGUAACGAUAAGUCUUCACAACCUUAUUUCUAUUACCUGUAUACACGCUCUCCGUGUGCCGGGAAUAUACACGCGUGUCAAUAUGGGUAUUCUCGAAGCAAUUGCCGGGCCAUUGGCUCAAGAGAUUUCGCAAAGGUCAACUUUUGCUGUUGUUGCAGCUGGCGUGGUAGCGUUCGUCGUUCUAUCUGUCAUUCUCAAUGUCCUGAAUCAAGUGUUAUUUGCGAACCCCAAUGAACCACCAGUGGUUUUCCACUGGUUGCCAAUCAUUGGUAGCACCAUAACUUAUGGUAUGGACCCUUACAAAUUCUUCUUCGAUUGUCGCGCAAAGGUACGUUCUCCAUCCCAGUGUUCAUUGCUUGGAGACUAAUGUUUGUGUAUCAGUACGGUGAUAUUUUCACAUUCAUCUUGCUCGGAAAGAAGACUACGGUAUAUCUCGGACGAAGUGGCAAUGAUUUUAUUCUCAAUGGCAAGCUUAAGGAUCUCAAUGCGGAGGAAAUAUAUACUGUUUUGACAACUCCCGUGUUUGGAAAGGAUGUAGUUUACGAUUGCCCCAAUGCGAAGUUGAUGGAACAGAAAAAGGUGAGUUUGUUAAUAGGCGUUAAGAAAGGCGAAUUGGUGGCUAAUUGUGCUGCAAUAGUUCAUGAAAAUUGGUUUGUCUACUGAAGCAUUUCGAUCUUACGUCCCAAUUAUACAAAUGGAGGUGGAAAACUUCAUGAAACGUUCUUCGGCAUUCAAAGGCCAAAAGGGAACUGCCGAUAUUGGUCCUGCUAUGGCAGAAAUCACCAUCUAUACCGCUUCGCAUACUCUGCAAGGGAAGGAAGUCCGUGAUCGGUUUGAUACCUCCUUCGCCUCUCUCUACCACGACCUCGAUAUGGGCUUUAGUCCCAUCAACUUUAUGCUUCACUGGGCUCCUCUCCCUCACAACCGUGCCCGCGACCAUGCGCAGAGAACUGUUGCAGCAACUUAUAUGGAUAUUAUUAAAAAACGACGUGCUCAAGCUACGGAAGCCGAGUUCAAAUCCGACAUUAUGUGGCAAUUGAUGCGCUCGUCCUACAAAGAUGGAACUCCAGUCCCAGACCAAGAGAUUGCUCACAUGAUGAUUGCUCUUCUCAUGGCCGGACAGCACUCUUCUUCAUCUUCUAUCUCUUGGAUUCUACUUCGUCUGGCCUCACGCCCAGAUAUCAUGGAAGAACUCUAUCAGGAACAAAUCCAAGUUUUAGGCGCUGAUCUCCCUGCUCUCAAGUACGAGGACCUUGCUAAACUUCCUCUUCAUCAAAACAUUUUGAGGGAAACUCUUCGCAUCCACACUCCGAUCCAUUCUAUCAUGCGCAAAGUCACAACACCAAUGCCAAUUAGCGGAACAAAAUAUGUCAUUCCAACCUCGCAUACUCUUAUGGCAUCUCCUGGUUGUACAAGUAGAGACGCAGAAUACUUCCCAGAGCCACUUGAGUGGGACCCUCAUAGAUGGGAUAUUGGCUCGGGCCGUGUUAUUGGCAAUGAUCAGGACGAAGAAUUCCAAGAUUAUGGAUACGGAAUGAUCAGUAAAGGUGCUUCCAGUCCUUACCUUCCAUUUGGUGCUGGCAGACAUAGGUGUAUUGGUGAACAAUUCGCCAAUGUACAGCUCAUCACUAUCAUGGCCACUGUGGUUAGAAUGUUCAAAUUCAAGAACAUUGAUGGCAGCAAGGAUGUCAUUGGUACUGAUUACGCCAGCUUAUUCACCAGGCCGUUGGCGCCAGCAGUUAUAGCAUGGGAGCGACGAUAAAUGAAUGAUUUAAUGGGGGACGAGUAACAAUGAUGGCAUGGCAUUGCGUGGAGUUUUUAAGGUUUGAUCCUAAUAGAAAUAUUUAAUACAUCUGACUUUCAUGGAGGAAAGUUUUUUUAUCUAAUUCCAAAGAUAUCCCUGUCUAUUAAGGUCUUGUCAUGUAACGAGUGGAGAAACAGCAUCAUCAUUUACGGUAUCGGGACAAUUUGAAGCUUCAGAUGGAUACUACUAACAUUCAGUUGUAGCUAUUAAAAGUUACAAAACUGCUUCAGGCAACAAAUACAUUUUAAUACAAUCAUGGAAUGAAAUGAAAAUGGAGGAAGUGGCGGGAGUGACAAAAAUGACGGGAGUAAUGCAAAAUGAUGCAAACGAACAAUGUGGGACUUUUUUCUUCGGAAAGCAAGUUGGGGGUGGCUGGCUGUUA